GGCGGCUCGCGCGACUGGUCGUUGCGGGCCGGUGACAUGCCUGUGAGCUGCGGAGGCUGCGGCCCCCAGAACGGUCUUCCGAGCCGGGUCUCUUCGGUGCGUAGCGGUGCGUAUGCUUAGUUUGUGUUCGUGGUGCGCGCACAGGAGCGUAUACCCGAGGAGGACGUUGCACUUUGUCCCCGAGCAGCAUCCUUCACCGUCAGAACCUCGGAGCCUCGGAACCAGGCACAACCCAAAUCUUGUGACAGAAGCGGAAGACGUCAAGCAGCUCCUCGGAGUGUUGAUGUUUGGAUUUGCUGUCAAAAUUUCUCUGAGGCUGUUUGUUAAUGCUUUCAAUGCCGGCCGGCCGAAUCCCGAAUGGAUUUGUAAACUUCUCUAGUAAGUAAGUUGAUGUGUACUUGGAAGAAACAGAUCCAGAGAUAUUGCAGUUUACCUGGAGGAAAGAAAGCUAAUGAGAGGCACAACAGGACACAAACGGCACUCUUCUGAGUCCUGGUGUUUUAUGGACUAAUUCUUCAUUGAUUACACACAACAGCAAUAUAGUUAUGGCAACCUUCCAGACUUUGAGAAACAGUCACAUGAAGACUAGAGCAUCUGUCAGAAAAAGCUUCAGUGAAGAUGUGUUCCAGUCGGUCAAGUCUUUAUUACAGAGUGAGAAGGAACUAUGCAGUGUAUCAGCAGAGGACUGUUUAAGGCAGGAUGAACAUGCCAGUUUGACUGAGGUUACGUUUCUAGGUUUUAAUGAAGAAACAGAUGCUGCUCACAUACAGGAUUUAGCUGCAGUUUCUUUGGAACUUCCAGAUCUUCUGAAUUCACUGCACUUCUGCAGUCUAAACGAAAAUGAAAUUAUUUGUAUGAAGGAUAUAAAUAAAUCAGCAGAUAGAAACAAUGGUCCUCUAAAUCAGAGCCAUCAUUCUGGAAUGCUCUGUGUCAUGAGAGUAUCGCCUACGUUACCAAGACUCAGAAUUGAUUUUAUCUUUAGCCUGCUAAGUAAAUACGCUACUGGUAUAAGAUAUACCCUGGACGCGUACUUGCAUCAGAAGUGCCAGCUUGAAACUGCUCAAGAAGAUGAUGACGACACCAACCAGUCCGUGUCUUCCAUAGAAGAUGACUUUGUCACUGCUUUUGAGCACUUAGAGGAAGAAGAGCCUUUAAAGCCGUUUAAUGAUGGAAUAAAUGUUGCUGCACUAAAGAGCCAGUGUGAUGCUGCUUCUCAGACUUCUGGUCACCAAUCAGAAGCCCAUGAUUUCAGGAUUCCGGUUAGCUCUGGGAGGCAGACGUCAUUGACUAAACCUUCAACUUCCUUAAUGAAUAUGCUGGUACAUAAAGAACUACCUUCUGUGAAAACUUCAGUCACAACAUUAAUUUCUGAGCCUUGGAUCCAAAAGAGUUUCUAUAGAUCAUCUAAUGCUUCAGAUAAAGGUAGUGAUACACAGAAACCGUUUUUUUCUUCUUCUCCUGCCUAUUCCUCUGAAUCCGAAUGCUCAAGUCCAAGUCCUGUUAUUUUCUUGGAUGAAGAAGGAUAUCAAAAAAGCCUAAAAGCAAAACUUGAGUUACCUAAAAUUCCUGUGAUGAAAGAUGAUAUAGAGGAUUCAGACUCAGAAGUAAGUGAAUUUUUUGAUAGUUUUGAUCAGUUUGAUGAGGUAGAACAAACUUUAGAGACUUCUUGUCCAUUUCUAAAAGAUCCUGUGGUAGGAAAGCCGUCGCUAAAGAAAGGACACAAACAUGAAAAAUCUUGUUCUGUAACUACUACUAUGAAUCCUCAAAAAUUCAAGUUUGAGCGUCCAGCUCUCCCAGCUAAUGUUAGAAAGCCAACUCCUCGUAAACCAGAGUCCCCGUAUGGUAACCUGUGUGACGCCCCAGAUUCACCUCGCCCAGCGAAGGCGUCAGGGGAAGACAGUGGUCUGUUUAGCCCUAUUCGAUCCUCUGCCUUUAGUCCUCUUGGAAGCUGUGCUCCUGCUGAAUUUUUUUGCCAAACAGAUAUUGGUGGAGAUAGGAUUCAUGAAAAUCAUGAUUCUGUUUACUACACCUAUGAGGAUUACGCAAAUAGCAUUUCAUGUGAGGUUCUGGGCUCAGUUCUUCAUACCCAGAGUACUAAUGCAACAUCAAACAUUGAUAGCGUUAAGAAGGGAGGAAAUAAAACCAUAGCUCUUAACAGUGGAAGCCUUGAUGAAACAAGUAAAUCUAAAAAUAAAUCCUUGAUGAUUAAAGAUAGUAUUCAGAAAUUUGCUUCAGACCUUGUGGAAAAAAGUUUUGGCAGUGCAUUUAAAGACCUACAGAAAGGAGUCUCUUCAUGUACCAAUGCGUUGUGCCACCUGGCCAUCAAAUUGACAUCCUCUGUUUUUCAGAUGGCAUUUAACGAACUGAGAAGGCAGUGUGCGUUUUCACUGAGAGAACGUGCCAUUAGUGGUCUGGCUAAUUUUUUGGUGAGUGAAGCUUUAUCAAAUGCUUUAAAGGAUUUACAGUAUGUAAAAAAGCAGAUAUUCACGAACACAGUCGCUCGGUUUGCUGCGGAUCUAGCCGAAGAGCUAGUUUUUGAAGGCAUCAUGGAAGUGUGUCAGUUUUCCUGUCCUCCAACACCCUCAUCCCCACAGUGUUGGCCAUUUGACUAUGAAGACAAAGCAGUGAAGUCCUACGCAAAAGACUUGUCUGAGUCUGUAAUACAGGAAGCGUUCAUCGAACUUUCACAAGCCGGUGUGACCUUUGCAACCAAGGCAGCAGUUAGUGUUUCCACAGAUAACAUAAAGGACGCGAGCGCAGGAAAUUUAACACCUCUGACACAGACCUCCAUGUUUUCCCCUGCUUUUAACAACCAGACCCUUACGGCGACAAAAGCCAUGCAGGAACAUAAAAAGGAAUUCACAGUACAGCAGGCCUUGUUUUGUACUUCGGGAAUUGUUACUUCCAUACCAGUGCCCUUGGCAGGAAGUGCCCUGCUCCCAUAUCAUAUUUCAUCUAAUAUCUAUCAGUCAAAGUCUCGUCGGUCAUCUGAUGAUAGUAAUUUGAAUGGCGAGUCUACCCAGACGCAUGCUACCACAAAAAACAAAGAAGAGGAAGUAGCGUGUCUCAGAAAUAUUUGUUUACCUUCAGAGCACAGUCCAGGUAACCAGAAUGAUUUGAAACCAACUAAUGAAGACACUGAAGUGCACAGCUCUUCAAAAUUAACAAGUGAUCCUGUGAUUAUUAGCAACUUUUCUGCAGCAGUGGUGCAUACGAUUGUAAAUGAGACUUUAGAGUCCAUGACAUCAUUCAAAGGUACAAAAACAGUUGAUGAACAAACAGAUGGUGUAAUUAAAACAGUAAAGGGAAAAACCCUUCCUUUCUACUCUGAUCAAGCAACAGUGCAACAGGGCGAAGCUAGCAAUAAGGACAUGUUUGCUGAUCGAUUAUCUAAGUCUAUUAUUAAACAUUCCAUCGAUAAAAGCAAAUCAGCGAUCCCAAACGUAGAUAAAAAUGCUGAACUCAAGGAAGACUUGCCUGUUCCGGGAGAAGAGUCACAGUUGACCUUGGAAAAAUUCCCCAAAUUUCUUGAUGCUCAAGGUCACUUACCACACUGUUCACUUUCAGUAGGAAAGGACUGUGUUCCAGAAUGUAAAGCUUCUAUAGCUCAUGGAUUUUCUUUUGAGACCCUGCAACCUUGUCCAACAAUUGGGGGUCAGAAACCUGAUUUGAAGGAAGUUGCUAAAGACAAAUCUGUGAAGAAGCAUAAUUUGAAUAAUGCAGCACCUGAGCCCUUGUGUUUUGGGCAAGACCACCCUUUUCCUCAUUCACAUACUUUCUCCUCUACCAUGCUUACUUGUGUGGACAGUUUACAUGUGGAAGAUAAACAGAAAAUUAGAGACGGAAAUGUGAUACCUGAUACUCCUCCAUCCACUCCUCUCGUACCAUCCCAGGCUGGUUCUGAAUGGGAUAUCAAGAAGUUAACCAAAAAACUCAAGGGGGAAUUAGCUAAAGAAUUUGCACCAGCUACACCACCCUCUACACCUCACAACUCCUCUGUUGGUAGUUUGUCUGAAAACGAACAAAACACUAUAGAGAAAGAAGAGUUCAUGUUGAAACUCAUGCGAUCUCUUUCAGAAGAAGUUGAAAGCAGUGAAGAUGAAGAACAUCCAGAAGUGGAUGUGAAGUCAGAGCACUCAGGGAAGAAAGUUCAGUUUGCAGAAUCGUUAGCCACCCACAUCAUUUCUCUGGCCACAGAAAUGGCAGCUUCCCAUUUAGAUAAUAAAGUCACUCAAGAACCCAAGGUUAAAAGCCCUUCCUUAAAUGUGCAGAAUCAAAGAAGUAGGUCACCUACUGCUUUAAAUCACUCAGAAGAAAAUUUACAAAUGUUACGCAAUUUUGCAGGUGACAUGGCAGCAGAAGUCAUUACGGAAGCUGAGAAAAUAGCAAAAGUUAGAGGCUGUAUGCUUUUCAGGCAAAGGAGGAAUAGUUGUUACAUUGAUGGUGGCCAAGGUGAUAGAUCAGAAGAGAAGUUGGAUACCGAGGCUCUAGCAAACCCCAAAGGAGUAGAUCCGUCCAUUCUUUCAUUACCACCAAGUUUUUGCGUGUCUGGUCUGACAUACAAGUAUCCCAGCUGUGAAAGCGUGACAGACGAAUAUGCAGGUCACAUUAUCCAAGUGCUGAAACAGGAAGGUGGUAAUAGUGAGUUAAUAAUGGACCAGUAUGCCAAUAGACUUGCCUAUCGAUCUGUUAAGUCAGGAUUACAAGCAGCAGCGAAGACAGCCAAAAGGAAGUGCAGCUCCAAAAUAUUCCCUGUGCAGAGCUCACAGGUGACAGCCAAGAACGAACUCUUAAUAUUCUUAAAUAAAGAGCACCACCAAGAAGUAGACAAUGAACGACAAAGUAACAAAAGUGGGGGUUACCUUUGUAAAAAUCAAACUUGUGAAUGGACGCCGGAUACAUAUAAAAAUGAGUGCUCUGAACUGUAUAGUUUUUCAGCCUCUCUUGCUCACAGCAUAACAAGAGAUGUUAAAAAAGAGCUGACCGCGUCUACAGUUGGCUUGCCAAAAUCCUUAACAGAUUCUUGCCUUUAUGAAACGUCUGGACACGAUGAAGAUACCAAGUUGCACACUGAGCCAGAAUUUCCUCAGACUCUUCAGCCUUCCUUGCAAAAUCACAGAUUUUACCACAGCAUGGGCAGCUUAAAUGGGUUUGGUUAUGGAGAGAGUGUGGUUCAAGCUAUAGAACAGUAUGCUAAAAAAGUAGUGGAUGAUACUAUAGAGCUCAGUUUAGGAUCUGCAGUUUUCCAUGUGUCUGAGUCCACAAAAGCAGCUGAUAGGGUCACGUAUGCAGAAAAGUUGUCACCUCUUAUAAGUCAAGCCUGUAGAUAUUGUGACCGUAAAGAACUGCACGAUUGCACUGGAAAUUCAUCUCAACAUGUUUCCAGACCCGAUCCACUUGCUACUAGUCAGCCAGCUUCUAAAUCAAAACUUAGCAACAUCUAUCAGGAAUCUAGAAUUUUUCAUCUUGAUGUCCCACAAAUUCAUGUUGGUCUCGAUAAGAAGACAGUGCUUGCUGAGAAGAUAGUUGCUGAAGCUAUUGAAAAAGCAGAGAGAGAACUGAGCAGUACCAGUUUGGCGGCUGAUAGCGGGAUCGGACAGGAUGGCAUUAGCUUUGCUGAAAGCCUUACCACGGAAAUAAUGACGUCGGCGAUGACCAAUGUCGGACGUGCUGUUAGCAGUCCAAAAGAAGUAGAAGACGUUCAGUCAACUGAGUCACUUGGCAGCCAGCAGCUGAACCUCAGUAUAGGUGAUGACAGCACUGGCAGCUGGUCCAAUUUAAGUUUUGAAGAAGAACACCAGGAUGAGAGCAGCAGUUUUCAUCACCUAAGCGAAAGUAAUGGUAACAGCAGUAGCUGGAGCAGUCUUGGUUUAGAAGGAGAUUUGUAUGAGGACAAUUUAUCCUUUCCAACAUCAGAAAGUGACGGGCCAGAUGAUAAAGAUGAAGAUCAUGAGGAUGAUAUAGAAGGUUUGGAGCAAGACCGAAAGAUUCUGCUCAUUACGAAUAUCGACAUGGAGCCGUGCACAGUAGACCCCCAGCUACGGAUUAUUCUUCAGUGGCUCGUUGCUUCGGAGGCUGAAGUGGCAGAACUUUAUCUUCAUGACUCUGCAAAGAAGGAGUUUAUACAACUUUCCAGACGACUGCAAGGAAAGGGAUGGAAGGUGGGGGACCUCGUGCAGGCUGUGCUGCAGUACUACGACGUGCGGGAGAAGUCGCCUGGAGAGGAGAGGUGCAAGUCGCUGUUUGACUGGCUCCUGGAAAAUGCAUAGAACAGACUCGCAGCCGGUACAUUUUACUGUUUGGGGAGAGGAAGAAACAGAUAAAGACGCAUAGGAUAAAAUGACUGUUAACAGCUACAGUGAACAGGGAGGGAAGUAGAGCUUUUUAAAAAGCGCAUUCCGUCAUCCCACGUUGUAUAUAGUUCCUACUUUUGUAAUCUCUGUCAAAUAUGAUCUUCAUUUAUUCUUCUAGACACGUGUGUAGUGUGUUAAGACCCUAAGAACGUUGAUUUGAAGGAAGGUCUGACUGUGAGGUUUUCAGGGACACGGACUGACAGCAUUCUUUCUGCAUCCAAGUUAGUGCUGCUAUGAACCGCACCCAGGCGGCUGAGGACGUUGCAGACAAAUGCAAUCCUGUUAGGAACUAAUCUGGCAUAAUAGCUUUGAGGCUGAUGGUUUGUUUUUCCCGAUAGAAUUGUUUUCUUAUUUUUAAAAGUCAAUUUUAUUUUCGUAGCUCAGCUAUUGGUAGCUUUUUGAAUCCCCCCCAAACUAUUUAAUUUCUUAGAAACUGUAUUUUAGGUUUCUCUAAAUACUGUAAAUGAUAGUUUCCCCAGGCUUUCAUCAAAUGACAUUAUUUGCUAAUGUUGCCAAUCCAUCUGGCAUGGAUAUGAGUGUGUGUGUGUGUGUGUGUGUGUGUGUGCGCGCGCGCGCACGCGCAUAGAGGAGUACUUUAGAUUUGCCUAGUGGGUUUGUGCCCUUUUUUAUUUUACUGUUUUCUUGGUUAGAAACCCACUGUUGACAUUAAAAGGUGCUUUAAAAUAAAAUGUCUAUAAAGAUUGUGCAGUAAGAAUUCUUUUCUUUCUCUUUUUUUUUUUUUUUU